AUGAUAAUGGGCUUGGGUCCCCUGUUGUUGGUCUUCAUGCUGGGGCCCUGUCUGACCCCACCGGCCCUGGCUCAGGAUGAGAGGUACAGACACUUCCUGGACCAGCACUAUGACCCCAACCCACGUGGCCGGAAUGACAGAUACUGUAAUACCAUGAUGAGGAGACGAGGCUUGACUUCACCCUGCAAAGACACCAACACCUUUAUUCAUGGCACCAGUAACAACAUCAAGGCUGUCUGUGAAGAUGAGAAUGGAAAGCCUUAUGGGACAAAUUUCAGAAUAAGCAAGUCCCCUUUCCAGGUCACUACUUGCAAGCACAGAGGAGCGUCCCCCCAUCCUCCCUGCCGAUACAGAGCCACACCAGGGUCCAGAGACAUAGUUAUUGCCUGUGAACAUGGCUUUCCUGUGCACUUUGAUGAGUCCUUCUACCGUCCAUAA